CAUUGCAGUUUUUGACAUUGAAGUGCAUCUGCCAUCAUGUUGCCCAUUCAUCUUUCUUGGUUAGCUCCCUCUGAGGACUUCUCUGGACUUGACUCUGACCUAAAUAAUCUGGAGCCAUCUGCAAAUGUUGUCACCUCACUGUUCACCAAUAUUUCUAGAGUGUUCAUAACUACACAAUAUUUAUUGUACUAUUUGUUAUAAAACAUGUUACUCCCCUCACUCGGCUUCUUUCCCUUUACAGACACCUUGAGCAUUUCUGAGCCUAAUCAAUGCACAGACCACCUCAUGGCAGCUUUCAACCUCAGUGACUCUGACCGUUCAUCAUUCAUCCUAACAGGCAUCCCUGGCCUGGAAGCUGCUCACAUCUGGAUUUCCAUCCCUUUCUCUAUGUUCUACAUUAUUGGCCUGUUGGGAAAUUUCAUAGUUCUGUUUGUUGUAAGCAAAGAGAAGACCCUGCAUGAACCAAUGUACCUGCUGCUGUGCAUGCUGGUGCUCACAGAAAUCGGCACGUCUACUGCCAUCGUGCCAAAGGCACUGUGCAUAUUUUGGUUCAAUUUGAAAGGCAUUACUGUGGGUGGCUGCCUCACCCAGAUGUUCUUCCUUCACGUGGGUUCAGUAACACAUUCAGCCAUCCUCAUGACAAUGGCCUUUGAUCGCUAUGUUGCCAUAUGUAACCCUCUGAGAUACGCCAUGAUCCUCACCAACACACGAAUAGCUAAGCUAGGGCUAGUGUGUUUGACAAGAGCUGUUCUCUUCAUUCUGCCCCUGCCUCUGCUCCUGAGCAGGCUGCCAUUCUGUGCCAACCGCAUUAUCGCCCACACGUACUGCGACCAUAUGGCUGUGGCAAAGAUGUCAUGUGGGGACAUCACAGUGAACAGGACGUAUGGCUUAUCGUUAGUAUUUAUAGUCCUUGGGUUUGACCUGACACUUAUUGCUGUUUCGUAUGGUCUGAUAAUCAGGGCCAUCCUCAGAAUCCCCUCCGAGAAAGCCCAUCAGAAAGCCUUCAACACCUGCACAGCGCACAUCUGUGUGAUUCUGAUUUCUUGUACUCUCUCCCUCUUCUCUACUCUGACACACCGGUUCAGUCAGGGCAUCGCUCCCUAUGUACACAUCAUCUUGGCCAACCUGUAUUACCUCCUCCUUCCUAUGCUCAGCCCUAUCGUUUAUGGUGUGAAAACCAAAGAGCUUCGUGACAAAGUGCGCAAAUACAUCUGCACAAUGUGAUCACCUGGGGUCACUGACUCCAAACCUCUGUGACAUGAGGGGGAAAUGAUAUCUCCUCUUUAAUCAAGGGUGUUCUAUCCAAGUUUGGCUGAGCUCAUCAUUGUGGAAGUUCACAGACUUUAAAGCUCCUCACACCUAACAUCUUAUCACUCCAUCAUCAAGCACUGCUCUCUCUCUGUUGCUGAGUUCCCUCUCUCUGACCAUAUCCUGAUCACUUUCAAUGUCACCUAUCAGCCCCCACCUCUACACACCAUGUCACUUGGCAUUCCUUUUACUUCCGUACCACCAGAAGACACUGCAGCUUUCUGAAGAUCCUGUGUGAACAGCAUUCUUGAUCAGUUUGGUGAAAUAAAGCUAUGCUUUCUGAUAGACAAAAAAAAAAAAAGAAAAAAAAAUGAAAGCAACUAUAUUUCUGAACUUCUUUAUCAUAACUACAGUGAUCUGGUUAGCAAAAUUUACCUGAUUUUUCUAUGACCAAUAAUUCAGGAAGCCUGGAGGAUAAACCAAAUGUUUCAGUUGAAAAGUGCUAGUACAGGAAAGCUGCUGCAGGAAUUGAGGACACUCUACUAGAACUUAUUGCUGAGAGUUGUGAAACUGUGUGUUUUUGAGAACUGGACCGUGUUACCCUACAUUUGAGGGGUGUGUACCCCAGAAUGUGAUCAAGCUAAUUGCAACCAUAUGGUGUGCAUUCAGUCACUAUGAAUUAAUAAAAGAGAACAUCACAUAGUUAAGUGUUAAUUGGAAAGCAGGCUUUUAGGUGCAAGGUUACAAUCUAGCUGGCAGUUUCUGCUAAUCAGAAUGGGAGGAGUGGACAGACUAAUAAAUACAUGAGAAAGAAAGUAGAUAAAUCGAUGUAAACCUUGACUUUAGAUGCCUCAGACAGUAGAAUUUUUUUUGAAAGUUAGGAAAAGUGAUGAUCCAGUAGGGGUCACUAUGAUCUAUGUGUUUUGUAGAAGUUAUAAAAGAUUACCUAAUACAGAGUACUUUGGAGCAGUCCUCUGAAGCCAUCUUUAGAGAUGUUUUUCCUGACACUCUUUCUCCCUGGUGGGUGAGCAACUGGUCACUGCGAACCUGCU